GAUACAGUGUUCUCGGUGGAGUGGUUGCCAGUUUCAAGCAAGAUGAAGCAAGUACCAGAGUUUCACGAAGACUUCUACAUCCCCAUCCCUUUAGAUAUCAACAACCUCUCAGCUUACAGCCCUUUUUUGGUCCCCCAGGACCACCUGGGAAACCAAGGCGUAUACAUGGCCAUGGCUGUCUUCAUGUUCUUUAUUUUCAUCGGAGGGGCUUCAAUCAACAUCCUUACCAUUGCUUGCACAAUUCAGUUCAAGAAACUCAGAUCUCACCUGAACUAUAUUCUUGUGAACCUUGCCGUUGCCAACCUGUUAGUGGCCAUUUUUGGUUCCCCGCUGUCGUGCUACUCCUUCUUUAAUAGGUACUUUAUCUUCGGGGCGACAGCAUGUAAAAUUGAGGGCUUCCUUGCGACACUUGGAGGAAUGGUGAGUUUGUGGUCUCUUGCUGUAGUGGCAUUUGAAAGGUGGCUGGUCAUUUGCAAACCCCUCGGGAACUUUACCUUCAAAACCCCUCAUGCCAUAGCUGGCUGCGUAAUUACUUGGAUUAGUGCAUCGGCAGCUUCAUUGCCUCCGCUGUUUGGCUGGAGCCGGUACAUACCUGAAGGUUUGCAGUGCUCCUGUGGACCCGACUGGUAUACCACGAACAACAAAUACAACAACGAAUCCUACGUCAUAUUUUUGUUCUGCUUCUGCUUUGCGGUUCCUUUUGCCGCCAUCGUCUUCUGUUAUGGUCAACUACUAAUCACACUCAAAUUAGCAGCCAAAGCUCAAGCAGAUUCCGCUUCCACCCAGAAGGCAGAGAGGGAGGUGACAAAGAUGGUGGUGGUGAUGGUGCUCGGCUUCUUGAUAUGCUGGGCACCGUAUGCUACUUUUUCUCUCUGGAUAGUUUUCAACCGUGGUGAAGCAUUUGAUCUGAGAAUGGCAACCAUACCAUCCUGCCUUUCCAAAGCCUCUACAGUGUACAAUCCUGUCAUCUACGUCUUAAUGAACAAACAGUUCCGUUCCUGUAUGAUGAAGAUGGUCUGUGGCAAAAAUAUUGAGGAAGAUGAGGCCUCCACUUCAUCUCAGGUCACCCAGGUCUCCUCUGUUGCACCAGAGAAAUAAACCCAUUCUUAAUGCAACCUCAUCCUGCGGACAGAACCACUCUGACAGAGAAAAACUAUUUUGAAAUGACUGUAAAUAAUAAACAUAGACGCAAUAGGAAUUUUUGCUUUUAAUGUCAAAUAUUUUUUUGUAACUUGGCUUGCUGAACCAGUAGAAUUAGUAAAAGUUCAUUAUCAUCAUAAA